CAGGGCGCAAUUGAACUGUUAAAAUGUCAACGUUAGUUUUGUGCAGAACAUGCGGGGAAAAGAUCUACAAUCUGAAUGCCAAGAACCUCUUCGAUCGGGAAAGUUAUGAGAUGUUAGACAAAAUCGAAAUAUUGACAGGAAUCAGGUUAGAUGACGAUGAGGAUAUGCCCAAACAUAUUUGCGCCUGCUGCUAUUUGGAUUUGAAUCAUUCAAUAGCAUUCCGGGAGCGUUGUAUUAAAAUACAACAACUUCUACAAAGUGGAGUGGAAGCAAAUGCAGCUGCACCUGAUCCACUGAAUACCGCUCAAGGAAGCGUCACACCUACGCCGACUAAAAGCAAAAAGCAAUCACAGCAAAAAGUUGUGCGUGCUCUCACGGAACCAUGCCAUACCUCUCCACAAAAUCACAUUGUUCGCGCACGCUCACCAAACCCACAAUUGAGCUUCAACACAAGAAUGAGAGAUUCAUCAGGUCAGCUCAGAAGACGUGUUAUCAUAUUGGGCCGAACACACGAAACACACCCAGCGGCAGAGCGCGAUAAGACUCAAAAUAUUUUAAGUCAUGCCAAAGCAUCUUCAGUUGAUAAAAGCAAUCGUAUUGCAAUGGUGGAAGCUCAGCAAUCAGCGUCAGAAGAUUAUGAUAGUGCCGCAUCCGAUGGAUUCCGAAGCAAAGUGAAGUGUAAUGCGAGGCAAACUGGCAUUAGCAAGACCUACGUGUGCGAUCAAUGUGGCAAAUGCUUUACGGAUUCCAGCAAUUUGAAAGUGCACAUAUUGCGGCAUACAGGUGUGAAGAACUUUGAGUGCGAGGAGUGUAACACAAAGUACUUUACACGGCAUUUACUCAAUUUGCACAUACGCGUUCGGCAUCAGGGCGAAAUGCCAUACGCAUGCAAAUACUGUGAUCAGCGCUUCUUCACGAGCACCAGCCGCUGUCGGCAUGAACGCGUAAAGCAUACAAGGAAAUUGACAUAUGCCUGCCGGCUAUGCGGAAAAACGUAUCUGACAAAAUCCUGCCUAAAUAAACACGAAUUCCUACACACAGGCGAACGACCAUAUCGUUGCGAAAUAUGCAAUGUGGGUUUUCCCCGAAAUACGAACUUGAAAAUUCACUAUCGUUCAAAGCAGCAUCAAAAAAGAGCCGCCGAGGCACUGGAUAAACAAUUCAACAUUAUAGAGGCAAUCUCCGAUGUGGAAACUGACAUUGAUUCAAUCAUUGAAGAUUUUGAUGUUUAACAAUGUUUCAAU